AUGCCUAGAAACUUGAUGCACGGCUUUUCUCGGAAGAAAGUCGAAAUAGCAAAGGACCUAAAGGACAUCAUCAUAUCCCAACUCCAAGCAGUGUUUGGAUUCGGCAACAAUUUGGGCAGCUUCGACGUCAUUCACCUUAAAUUCAAUUCCGCAUUUAUCGCUCGCGCUAUAGCCUAUCCAGUAAACUGUAACGGCUCGAACGGAAUCUCUUCCUGGUUUAAAGUAUUGGAUGGUUACAGUACAGAAGGCGUCGUGCAUGCGCUUGAGGACCUUUGGGAUGAAAUGCAGGCUCAAAUCGGCCCGAACUUCCAAGUAUCAACCGUUUCUACAGCUAUCAGUAUCGGAGACUAG